AUGGGCAUUGGCCUGGCACAUGGUGGCCCCCCAGCCAUCGUCCUGAACCCCAACACAGACAGACUCUUCCCAGCAGGAGUCCAGAGCUAUGAGGACAGCUGCUGGGAUGGGCCGCAGGUCUCAGAGAGCUCUGCGGAUCCGCAGGAUCUGACGUGUGGCCGGGCGCUGGCCGGGCGCGUGGGCGCACUUAUCCUGCGCAGGCGCACAGGCUUCUUUCUUCCCAGCUGGGAUUUGCACCGCGGCCUCGGGGAGGCAAUCAGUCUUGGCCAGUUCGCCAUCGUGAGGAAGUGCCGGCAGAAAGGCACAGGCAAGGGGUACGCUGCCAAGUUCAUCAAGAAGCGGCGGCUGUCAUCCAGCCGGCGUGGGGUGAGCCGGGAGGAGAUCGAGCGCGAGGUGAGCAUCCUGCGGGAGAUCCGGCACCCCAACAUCAUCACACUGCACGAUGUCUUUGAGAACAAGACAGACGUGGUGCUCAUCCUUGAGCUGGUCUCGGGCGGCGAGCUCUUUGACUUUCUGGCUGAGAAGGAGUCGCUGACCGAGGAUGAGGCCACGCAGUUCCUCAAGCAGAUUCUGGACGGAGUCCACUACCUGCACUCCAAGCGCAUCGCCCACUUCGACCUCAAGCCAGAGAACAUCAUGCUUCUGGACAAGAAUGUGCCCAGCCCACGCAUCAAGCUCAUCGACUUUGGCAUCGCCCACAAGAUUGAGGCGGGCAAUGAGUUCAAGAACAUCUUCGGCACCCCCGAGUUUGUGGCUCCUGAGAUCGUCAACUAUGAGCCACUGGGCCUGGAGGCGGACAUGUGGAGCAUCGGUGUCAUCACCUACAUCCUUCUCAGCGGGGCGUCCCCGUUCCUGGGCGAGACCAAGCAGGAGACGCUGACUAACAUCUCGGCUGUGAACUACGACUUCGAUGAGGAGUACUUCAGCAGCACCAGCGAGCUGGCCAAGGACUUCAUCCGGCGCCUGCUGGUCAAGGACCCCAAGAGGAGAAUGACCAUCGCCCAGAGCCUGGAGCAUUCCUGGAUCAAGGCCAUCCGGCGGCGGAACGUGCGCAGCGAGGACAGCGGGCGGAAGCCGGAGCGGCGGCGCCUGAAGACCACGCGGCUGAAGGAGUACACCAUCAAGUCGCAUUCCAGCAUGCCGCCCAACAACAGCUACGCCAGCUUUGAGCGCUUCUCCCGCGUGCUGGAGGAGGUGGCGGCGGCUGAGGAGGGCCUGCGCGAGCUGGAGCGCAGUCGGCGGCUGUGCCGCGAGGAUGUGGAGGCGCUGGCAGCCAUCUACGAGGAGAAGGAGGCCUGGUACACGGAGGAGCGCGACAGCAUCGGCCAGGACCUGCGGCGGCUGCGUCAGGAGCUGCACAAGACCGAGGCUCUGCAGCGGCAGGCGCAGGAGGAAGCCAAGGGCACACUGCUGGGUGCCAGCGGGCUCAAGCGCCGCUUCAGCCGUCUAGAGAACCGCUACGAGGCGCUGGCCAAGCAGGUGGCGUCGGAGAUGCGCUUUGUGCAGGAGCUGGUGCGGGCGCUGGAGCAGGAGCGGCUGCAGGGUGGGGAGUGCGGCCUGCGCUAGGGACAGAGACCAGGCACAGCUGGGCUGGGAGCCUUGGCCAGCAGGCCGACAGCCUCUGUGUGAGCCAGGGCCUCCCUGGAGGACGCUCCAGUCUGGGAGUGAAGGGGGCACUGGCAAACUCCGGUCUCUGUCUCCUGAGUCCCAAGGAGCUGCGCGGUGCUGGGGGAAGGGGGGCCCAGGGGCCUGGGUGUGGGGUGAAGAGCUACUGCCACUCCUAGGCCCCCAGAAGUGUCUGAGGAGCCCCUGCAGUGACCUUAGCCAUGCCCAGGUGGCGUUUUCCGAUGGCGUCCUCAUCCUCAGCCCUGCAGUGGCUGCCAGCCCUCCUCUAGGGUGGCCUUGUCCACACUAUGCCACUGCUAUUUCCUGUGUGGCCCGGGGGCUGUGAGAAGUGGCAGUUUGUGCCUUGCUCCAGAGGACCAGAAUGGAAGCACCCACCCGCCUGCUAGGUCCUGACACCCUCUGGGAUGUGCUGCCCUGGACUAAGGGUCUGGUCAGACAGGAGGGACAGUUUCCAGCCCCGGGCCCAGAGUCUUCACCUGAAGCCAAGCUCAGCCCCUAUGUGGCCUAGGCCUGUCCAUGGGUGUGGGAACUGCCACAUCCCCCGGGCACUGCUGUAACCUGCUAGGCUCUGCACGCCCUCGUGACAGUGUGCUUGUUGGAAGCCACGGGGAAUAAAAUCACCUUCCCUGAUAGCGGCUGUCUGUGGUCCUGGCCCCCAGGGAAUGGCCAGCCCUCCACACCAGGCCUAUGGCCUCUAAGACUGCAUGCACAUCAUUUCCUGUCUGCCACCUGCCUCCACUCCACUCAGGAAGACAGCCUGUGACUGUCCCCACACUAUAUCCCCCACACGUGGGCCCUGCAAGGUGGAAGGGGAAGGCCUGGCCUAGAGACACCUGCAGAUCCCCCGCAACCACACAGGCACCAGGGGCCUGCAGCCGUGCAGUCCCCAGGACAGCCCCUCCGGCCCUCACUGCUUACAAGCCAAGGUUCUGAGCCCUCGCUGGUCCUGGUCAUGGUUCUGGCCUCAUUCUACCAUUAGGGCAAGUGUCGCCCUUUACUUUUUUUUUGUUUUGGUACUAGCGAUCGAACUCAGGACCUGCACUUGCCAAGCAGGUGUGGCGCCUCUGAGCUACAUCCCUGGCCCCACCCUUUACUUUUUAAUUUUUAUUGGUACAUGUUUGCAGAGCAUGCUUACAUUCUUCAUGGGGAAUUGUUAUAUGGGCAUAAUACAUACCAAUUCUUUUUAAA